CGCCAGCUUGGCUCAGCUUGUCAAAAUGGCGUCGUUCAGAGUGGCAUACCGGAGUUAGCUCACACCAUUCAGGCGGAUUUAUUCAUUUAUUGGGCGAAACGAGAAGCCUUAGCCGCCUACAGCAUGGCAACUUUGGACCAGAAAUCCCCCAAUGUUCUUCUCCAGAGCCUCUGCUGCAGAAUCACGGGGAAAAGCGAAGCUGAGGUCGCUCACCAAUUCCAGUAUGCGGUUCGAGUUAUCGGCAGCAACUAUGCCCCCACUUUUGAGCGAGACGAGUUCCUGGUGUCUGAGAAGAUCAAGAAAGAGUUACUGAAGCAGAGGCGAGAGGCGGAUGCGGCUCUGUUCUCGGAGCUUCAUAGAAAACUUCAGACCCAAGGCAUUCUGAAGCAUCGCUGGUCCGUCCUCUACCUUCUGCUCAGCCUCUCCGAAGACCCCCGCAAACCGUCCAGCAGGGUUGGAAACUACGGGGCACUGUUUCCCCAAGCUCUCCCCAGGGACGCCCACUCCACCCCUUUCUACUGCACCCGUCCCCAGAGCCUGGCCCUCAGCUACGGGGAGCGGACCGCCGGGCUGUCGGCCAGCGUUGGAACCAGCGGGAUUUCCAGUUUAGGAGUCUACACGCUGAACGGGCCCACGCCGACGCCACAGUCGCUGCUGGCUGGUCAACCCCCUCAGUCGGGGGCCGCUCAGCCUCUGGGCUCACGGUUAGCCUGGACGCUUCCCGUCAGCUCCUCUCCUUCUUCCGCUCUGGCCCCGCCCACCGCCCGGCCUCCCCUGGGUCCUCUGGUUCCCUCCACCAGAGUGGUCCGUCCUCGCCGGGACGGCGACGUAGCCGGCGACGUGCCCGAGGCAGCGCUGGUGCGGGACAUCCUCUACGUCUUCCAGGGAAUUGAUGGCAAGUUCAUCAAGAUGAACGCCCAGGAUAACUGCUACAAGAUAGACAGCAAGGUGGUGCUGUGCAAGUCCCUGAGGGACACCAGCAGCAGACUGGCUGAACUGGGCUGGCUCCACAACAAAGUCAGGAAGUACACAGACGCCAGGAGCCUUGACCGGGCCUUUGGGUUGGUCGGACAGAGCUUCUGUGCCUCGCUCCACCAGGAACUAAAGGAGUACUACAGGCUCCUCUCUGUCCUCCACUCACAGUUGCAGGUGGAGGAUGACCAGGGCGUGACCGUGUGCACAGAGAGCAGCUUGACCCUCAGGAGGCUGCUGGUCUGGAUGUACGACCCCAAAGUUCGCCUCAAAACGCUGGCUGCCCUCGUCGACUUCUGCCAAGGUCGCAAGGGAGGCGAGCUGGCGUCAGCGGUCCACUCUUACGGGAAAACGGGAGACCCGCAGAUGAGAGCGCUGGUUCAACACAUCCUCAGCCUGGUGUCACACCCCAUCCUCAACUUCCUUUACAGGUGGAUAUACGACGGAGAGCUGGAAGACACUUACCAUGAGUUCUUCGUCGCGUCGGAUCCCAACGUGAAGACGGACCGCCUGUGGCACGACAAGUACUCCCUCAGGAAGUCCAUGAUCCCCUCGUUCAUCACCAUGGACCAGGCCCGCAAGGUUCUGCUCAUCGGCAAAUCCAUUAACUUCCUGCAUCAGGUUUGUCACGACAGAACGCCGCCGGGCAAAAUCACUCCAGCGUCCAAAUCCGCAGACACUCCUAAAGAUGCUGCAGAGCUGCUGUCGGACCUGGAGGGGGCCUUUCAGGAGAAAAUUGACGCGGCCUACUUCGACACCAGCAAAUACCUGCUGGACGUCCUCAACCGCAACUACCUGUUGCUGGAGCACCUGCAGGCCAUGAGGAGAUACCUGCUCCUCGGCCAGGGGGACUUCAUCAGACACCUCAUGGACCUGCUAAAGCCGGAGCUGGCUCGCCCCGCCACCACUUUGUACCAGCACAACCUGACUGGUAUCUUGGAGACGGCGGUCAGAGCCACCAACGCGCAGUUCGACAACGCGGAGAUCCUCAAGAGGCUGGAUGUACGCCUGCUGGAGGUGUCUCCUGGUGAUACGGGCUGGGAUGUUUUCAGCCUGGACUACCACGUCGACGGACCCAUCGCGACGGUGUUCACAAGGGAGUGCAUGGGCCACUACCUGCGUGUUUUUAACUUCCUGUGGAGGGCGAAGAGGAUGGAGUACACGCUGACCGACAUCUGGAAAGGGCAGAUGUGUAAUGCGAAGCUGCUCAAAACCAUGCCAGAGCUGUCCGGCGUGCUGCACCAGUGUCACAUCCUGGCCUCCGAGAUGGUCCACUUCAUCCACCAAAUGCAGUACUACAUCACCUUUGAGGUGCUGGAGUGCUCCUGGGACGAGCUGUGGAACAAAGUGCAGCAGGCGCAGGACCUGGACCACAUCAUCGCCGCCCACGACUUCUUCCUGGACACCAUCAUCUCGAGAUGCCUGCUGGACAAUAACAGCAGGUCUCUUCUGAACCAGCUGAGGGCCAUAUUCGACCAGAUCAUCGAGUUUCAGAGCGCCCAGGACUCCCUCUACCGCUCGGCUCUGGAGGAGCUCACCCUCCGGCUGCAGUAUGAGGAGAAGAUUCAGCAGAGGGCGGAGGAGGGUCAGUGGGGAGUGACGGCCGAACAGGAAGCAGAGGAGAAGAAGAGGGUUCAGGAGUUCCAGGAAACCAUACCAAAGAUGCGCUCCCAGCUCCGCAUCCUCACGCACUUCUACCAGAGCAUCGUCCAGCAGUUCCUGGUGUUGCUGAUGACCAGUCCGGACGAGAGUCUGCGCUUCCUCAGCUUCAGGCUGGACUUCAACGAGCACUACAGGGCCAGAGAGCCGCGACUGCGAGCCUCGCUGGGCGCCACCCGGGGGCGCCGACCCUCGAACAUCUGACGCGACGACGGCGACGACUGACAAAACAGCCCGAGGCUGAGGUGUGACACCACCGAGAACGGGGCCGAGUAGCGGACUUUUUAAGCAUGCCGACUGUGAUGUCACGCCUCGGAGGAGCGACCCUCCGCCGGUGUCGCGGCGUCUGCGGUCGCCGAGCAACGCGGCGGGGUCGCAAAAGGAGUAAAGUUUAGUACAUUUCAGAGCUUGGGAACGAGCGCUCAAGAGGUAACGAACGCUGCUGCCGCCCGACUGAGCUCCCCCCGAGUCACACACGGCCACCUCACAUGGCAUGCCUUAUUAAACGAGGGAAAAAAAAAAAAAAAAAGACAUCUUUUUCUCUCAGCGUGGUUGCCAAAUCUAGCCCCAACACACCGAGUAUAUGUACAUAGAGUUUAUGCAAAAGUGUAUGUCCGUGUAAAUGCAACUUCAGCACCUGUGGCUUUUCCAUCUUCUCGCUAGGGUUUCGACCGAUAUUCGUCCGAUAUUGAUAUUUUUUCACGUUUCUAUUCGUAGCAGUUACUAAAAUUAUUUUUAUUCAACGAGAGAGUGUUUCUGCUGGAUUUUCCGUUCUUAUUAAAGUGGGAGGAAUACAAUCUGAAAACUGUAUGUGCUCAUGUUUAAUAUUUAUGAUCAGUAUCGGCUGCGCGGAUAUCGGUCUAAACCUAGUCUUCACCUCUCCUACUUAAAAUCCAGGGUUUUUUAGAGUCAGGUCAGCUUGAUCACAAUCUUAUAUUUGAAGUUAAAUACAAAAAAAAGCUGUUCAGUUUCCUUCUUUCCUCACGCCUAACAUUAACAUAACAACAUUUUUAACCAAACGUAGCUGUUGGUCGUCGAAAUCUGACCUCCGAGCAGAAAGACCGCUCCCUAAGUGAGAAUUAACCGAUGUAAAGAAUGUCAUGAAGGGUUAGUGUUUACGUGCGGGCUCCCCCUCUACUUCCCUCCCCACCUUACAGAUUGUACUUUCAUGGCUGUGUGAGAUAUGGAUCAUGUUCAAGACACAACAACCACAACAACCUCACUUCUUCUUCUUCUUCUUCUUCUUCUUCUUCUUGUCACUGCAUAAACCACAGGAACUAUAAGUGCUCAGAGUUUCUUUUAAAAUGAAGUGUAAAUAGUCCGUGUUUAAAUAAUCUUUUGUUACGAAAGUUAACGUGGGCGGUUUAUUUUCUGAAUCGAGUCUAUUCAGACAUUAUAGUGAAGGAAACGAGGAUGUUGCGAGCGUGUGCGUGCGAGACGGUGUUCGAUCUAAGAAGGCGUCAUUUCAAAGAGGAUAUAGGUGCUUUUAAGCAGAAGUCUGUACGACAGUUACGCUUCUUUGCUUUAACCACCAGAGACUAACAAAAGUAAUAGACAUUUAAGUUUAUUUAAUCCAGUUUUGACUCUAAAGUGAAACUUUAACAUCUUUUAAGCUUAAACAUGAACUAGUCUUACAUGUAUGGAGCCCCCAAACUGCCAAAAAUAAAAAAUAAAUUAAUAUGUCAUUAGAUGCACCAUAAAUAAUUAUUUAAAAAAAAAAAACAGUAAAAUAAUAAAACUAUAAAAUGACAUAAAUUAAUAUUUCUUGUUAAUUUUGCUUUUGUAUUUAUUUAUAUUAGUUUAACUAUUUUAAAUCCUCCCGCGUUUGCGUCGCAAACAUUGAAAUGAGGGAAGUGAAUGAAUGAAUGUGAAAAGACAGAAAUAAAUAAGACAUAUUACUUUUGCUCCGUUUAACAGCGUAUUAACUCAUUAAAUACUUCAAUAUUUUUUUAUUAUGGUAGUUUUGGUUAAUAUAAAUGUGUUCCUGUUGUAGUUUACAUCAAAAGGCUCAGAUAUUUAUCGCGAUUAAAAGACAAACUGGAGUAUUUUUAAUCGUCAAGACACACAAUCAUUCAUGAAUGUUGAUCUCAACCUGUAGAACUUAUGAUCCCUAAAAAAAUAAUUACAAUAAAAAUAAAAUUUCAGUUUGGAUUUUCUCCUGCCGAUUAAUAGGCUAUGUUUCAGUUUCAAAUUGUCCCUCUUGUGGAGCAGUUCAGGAACAGGCAUCUUCCAGCGUCAGCCCUCGAGUCUCUGUUCACAGACUGAUAUCUAUCUGCCUAAAUGUGUGUGCAGUGAUUUGUUUGUUGACUUUGAUUUUGGUCGUCAGUCAAACAAAUGGGUGCUGUAUAUGGUCCGUCGACCACAUAACUGCUUUUUGACAAUGAACUCCUUCAAAUACAUGUGUAUAUUAUAUAAAAAAAAAAAAAGCAAACAGAAUCUGUGUCAGCACUGUUUAUGUCUGUAUAGCACAUGAUAAAAGGGAUUCAAACGGUCCCGCUUCUUCUUUAAUAAAAUGCUUUUCUUUUUUUAUUUA